UUUCAGGAAGAAGAAAAAACGAUGAACGUACCCGAUCGUUACGAGCGCUUCGUCGUCCCCGAGGGCGCCAAGAAGGUUUCAUACGAGAGAGACACGAAGAUCAUGAACGCGGCGACUUUCAUCGUAGAGAGAGAGGAUCAUACUAUCGGAAACAUCAUCCGCAUGCAACUUCACAGAGAUGAUAAUGUGCUGUUUGCUGCCUACCAGCUUCCUCAUCCUCUUAAGUACAGAAUACUUGUUCGGAUACAGACGGCUAGCCAGUCCUCGCCGAUGCAGGCAUAUAAUCAGGCUAUCAAUGAUUUGGAUAAGGAGCUUGACGUUUUGAAAUAUGAGCUCGAGGGUGCGUUUUCUAGGUUCUCGAGGACCUAUUAGUUUGCCUUGAAGAAAACCAAGGGAAAGUUCUAUUAUCCGACCAUUUUAAGAUUUCAAUUCCUUGCAUAUGUGCUUGAACUCCAAAAAUUCCAGUCGGAAAUGGAAUGCCAAAAAUGAAACUUAUAGCAUUUUUUAGGUUCCUCUUUUGUUUUGUUAGUUUUCUCUACUGUGUUGGGGGAGCAUAAGUGCUCCAGUAUAUUCUUCCAUUUUCUUUCAAUGAAAGCUUGAAAUUUAGUCAGGAACAAAGAACAGCUGUUUUUAUGUUAAUUAAAUUAUUAAUCGAAUUUGAGCCUAAAGGAGUGGUCAA